AUGGGCAGACUGGGGUAUUGGACCCUGCUGGUGCUGCCAGCACUUCUGGUCUGGCGCCAUCCGGCGCAGGGUGCGGCGGCGGAGAAGGGUACCCCGGCGCUGAACAUCGCGGUGCUGCUGGGUCACAGCCACGACAUGACAGAACGUGAACUGCGGAACCUGUGGGGCCCGGAGCAGGCGACUGGGCUGCCCCUGGACGUGAACGUGGUGGCACUGCUGAUGAACCGCACGGACCCCAAGAGCCUCAUCACACAUGUGUGUGACCUCAUGUCCGGGGCGCGCAUCCACGGCCUGGUGUUUGGGGACGACACCGACCAGGAGGCCGUGGCCCAGAUGCUGGAUUUUAUCUCCUCACAGACCUUCAUCCCCAUCCUGGGCAUCCACGGGGGCGCAUCUAUGAUCAUGGCUGAUAAGGAUCCGACGUCUACCUUCUUCCAAUUUGGAGCGUCCAUCCAGCAACAAGCCACGGUCAUGAUGAAGAUCAUGCAGGAUUACGAUUGGCACGUCUUCUCCCUGGUGACCACAAUCUACCCUGGUUACAGGGACUUCAUCAGCUUCAUCAAGACCACAGUGGACAACAGCUUCGUGGGCUGGGACAUGCAGAACGUGAUCACCCUGGACACCUCCUUUGACGAUGCCAAGACGCAAGUCCAGCUAAAGAAGAUCCACUCUUCUGUCAUCUUGCUCUACUGCUCCAAAGACGAGGCUGUCCUCAUUCUAAGCGAGGCCCGCUCUCUGGGCCUCACCGGGUAUGAUUUCUUCUGGAUUGUCCCCAGCUUGGUCUCGGGGAACACAGAACUCAUCCCCAAAGAAUUUCCCUCAGGACUCAUCUCCGUUUCCUAUGAUGACUGGGACUACAGCCUGCAGGCAAGAGUAAGGGACGGCCUGGGCAUCCUGACCACGGCUGCGUCUUCCAUGUUGGAGAGUUUUUCCUACAUCCCUGAGGCCAAGGCCAGCUGCUACGGGCAGACGGAGAAGCCAGAGGCCCCGCUGCACACCCUGCACCAAUUUAUGGUCAAUGUGACAUGGGACGGCAAAGACUUGUCCUUCACUGAGGAGGGCUACCAGGUGCACCCCCGGCUGGUGGUGAUUGUGUUGAACAAGGACCGAGAGUGGGAAAAGGUGGGCAAGUGGGAGAACCAGACCCUGAGCCUGAGGCAUGCUGUGUGGCCGAGGUACAAGUCCUUUUCCGACUGUGAGCCGGACGACAACCAUCUGAGCAUCGUCACCCUUGAGGAGGCCCCCUUUGUCAUUGUGGAAGAUAUAGACCCGCUGACGGAGUCCUGUGUGAGGAACACUGUGCCCUGUCGGAAGUUCGUCAAGAUCAAUAAUUCCACCAAUGAGGGAGUGAAUGUGAAAAAAUGCUGCAAGGGAUUCUGCAUUGACAUCCUAAAGAAGCUUUCCAGAACGGUGAAGUUCACCUAUGACCUCUACCUGGUGACGAAUGGGAAGCAUGGCAAAAAAGUGAACAACGUGUGGAAUGGAAUGAUUGGGGAAGUGGUCAAUCAGCGGGCGGUCAUGGCAGUGGGCUCACUCACCAUCAAUGAGGAACGUUCAGAAGUGGUGGACUUCUCUGUGCCCUUUGUGGAGACGGGGAUCAGUGUCAUGGUUUCAAGAAGCAACGGCACCGUGUCACCUUCUGCUUUUCUAGAACCGUUCAGCGCCUCCGUCUGGGUGAUGAUGUUUGUGAUGCUGCUCAUCGUGUCCGCCAUCGCUGUUUUUGUCUUUGAAUACUUUAGCCCUGUUGGAUACAACAGAAACUUAGCCAAAGGGAAAGCACCCCACGGGCCUUCUUUUACGAUUGGAAAAGCUAUCUGGCUCCUUUGGGGCCUGGUGUUCAACAACUCCGUGCCUGUCCAGAAUCCUAAAGGCACCACCAGCAAGAUCAUGGUGUCCGUGUGGGCCUUCUUUGCUGUCAUAUUCCUGGCCAGCUACACGGCCAACCUGGCCGCUUUCAUGAUCCAGGAGGAAUUUGUGGACCAAGUGACUGGCCUCAGUGACAAAAAGUUUCAGAGACCUCACGACUAUUCCCCACCUUUUCGAUUUGGCACGGUGCCCAAUGGCAGUACGGAAAGAAACAUUCGGAAUAACUACCCUUAUAUGCAUCAGUACAUGACCAAAUAUAAUCAGAAGGGCGUAGAGGAUGCCUUGGUCAGCUUGAAAACAGGGAAACUGGACGCUUUCAUCUACGAUGCGGCAGUCUUGAAUUACAAGGCUGGGCGGGAUGAAGGCUGCAAGCUGGUGACCAUCGGGAGUGGGUACAUCUUUGCUACAACUGGGUAUGGAAUUGCCCUCCAGAAAGGCUCACCUUGGAAGAGACAGAUAGACCUGGCCCUGCUCCAGUUUGUGGGUGAUGGUGAGAUGGAGGAGCUGGAGACGCUGUGGCUCACAGGGAUCUGCCACCACGAGAAGAACGAGGUGAUGAGCAGUCAGCUGGACAUCGACAACAUGGCAGGUGUGUUCUACAUGUUGGCGGCCGCCAUGGCCCUCAGCCUCAUCACCUUCAUCUGGGAGCAUCUCUUCUACUGGAAGCUGCGCUUCUGUUUCACGGGUAUCUGCUCGGACCGGCCGGGGCUGCUCUUCUCCAUCAGCAGGGGCAUUUACAGCUGCAUUCAUGGGGUGCACAUUGAAGAAAAAAAGAAGUCUCCAGACUUCAACCUGACUGGCUCACAGAGCAACAUGCUAAAAUUCCUUCGGUCGGCCAAAAACAUGUCCAACAUGAACUCCUCAAGAAUAGAUUCUCCCAAAAGAGCUGCCGACCUUAUCCAAAGAGGUUCCCUGAUCAUGGACAUGGUUUCAGAUAAGGGAAACUUGAUAUAUUCAGACAACAGGACCUUUCAGGGGAAAGACAGCAUUUUUGGGGACAACAUGAAUGAACUCCAAACAUUUGUGGCCAACAGGCACAAGGACAACCUCAAUAACUAUGUGUUCCAGGGUCAGCACCCUUUGACCCUCAAUGAAUCUAACCCUAACACGGUGGAGGUGGCCGUGAGCACAGAAUCUAAAGGUAACUCCAGGCCCCGCCAGCUUUGGAAGAAAUCCAUGGACUCUCUACGCCAAGAUUCAAUGACCCAGAACCCAGUCUCCCAGAGAGAGGAGGGAACAUUGGAGAAUAGGACCCACUCCCUAAAGAGUCCCAGAUACCUUCCAGAAGAGGUGGCCCACUCAGACAUUUCAGAAACUUCGAGUCGGGCCACGUGCCACAGGGAACCUGACAAUAAUAAGAGCCACAAGACCAAGGACAACUUCAAAAGGUCUCUGGCCUCCAAGUAUCCCAAGGACUGCAGUGAGGUUGAGCGCUCAUACUUGAAAACCAAAUCGAGCUCCCCCAGGGACAAGAUCUAUACCAUUGAUGGUGAGAAGGAGCCCAGUUUCCAUCUAGAUCCUCCCCAGUUUGUUGAAAACAUAUCCCUUCCCGAAAACAUGGACUUCCCAGAUGCCUACCAGGACCACAGUGAGAACUUUCGCAAGGGGGACACUCUGCCCAUGAACAGAAACCCUCUGCACAAUGAAGAUGGGCUUCCCAAUAAUGACCAGUAUAAGCUCUACUCCAAGCACUUCACCUUGAAGGACAAGAGUUCCCCACUCAGCGAGGGCAGCGACCGCUACAGGCAGAACUCCACACACUGCAGGAGCUGCCUUUCCAACCUGCCCACCUAUUCAGGCCAUUUCACCAUGAGGUCGCCCUUCAAGUGUGAUGCCUGCCUACGGAUGGGGAACCUCUACGACAUUGAUGAAGACCAGAUGCUUCAGGAGACAGGGACUCCAGCCACCCAGGAGGAGGUCUACCAGCAGGACUGGGCACAGAACAACGCCCUCCAGUUCCAAAAGAACAAGCUGAGGAUUAGCCGUCAGCAUUCCUAUGAUAACAUCCUCGACAAGCCUAGGGAGAUAGACCUUAGCAGGCCCUCUCGGAGCAUAAGCCUCAAGGACAGGGAACGGCUUCUGGAGGGAAAUUUGUACGGGAGUCUUGUUAGUGUCCCUUCUAGCAAACUCUUGGGGAACAAAAGCUCCCUCUUCCCCCAGGGUCUGGAGGACAGCAAGCGGAGCAAGUCUCUCUUGCCAGACCACACCUCCAAUAACCCUUUCCUCCACUCCUAUGGGGAUGACCAACGCUUAGUCAUCGGGAGAUGCCCCUCGGACUCCUUUAAACACUCGUUGCCAUCCCAGACAAUGAAUGACAACUAUCUUCGAUCCUCCUUGAGGUCAACGGCAUCGUACUGUUCCAGGGACAGUAGAGGCCACAGCGAUGUGUAUAUUUCUGAGCAUGUUAUGCCUUAUGCUGCAAAUAAGAAUAAUACGUACUCUACCCCCAGGGUUUUGAAUUCCUGCAGCAAUAGACGUGUGUACAAGAAAAUGCCUAGUAUUGAAUCUGAUGUUUAA